UGUGAACUGGACACGGACCUCCCACGGUCUCGCGAGCGAGACACGACGGCCGGCGAGAGCCGGAGAGAGUCGGGGAUGUUCGGGUUGCAGGCGAGAGGCGCGGCGGCUCCGUGGGUGGUGGGGCGGACGUACCCGGACGCGCGCCUCUACGACGACGGCGCCGCCAUCCCGGCGCUCCUCGACUCACCUCUUCGACGCCGACGCGCUCAAGCGCCUCCUCCUCGUCAUAGCGCAUGGCGUCGGCGUCGCCCCAAUCUCCCCGCAGGUGGUCAAAGAACGUGGCGGCGUAGUCGUCUGCCUCUACUCCCUGCGCCGUCGCUGGAGGCGAAGAAGCUAGUCUACCUCUACCAGAGUCGCCGGAUUGCUAACAAGAGAAGCAAAAAGGGGCCUGGAAGCUUGACUCGCUCCCUCGCCGCUCCAUGGCCCGCCAUCUGUUUGACGAAAUGCCGCCUACCCUCCUCCUUCGGUGUCUCUGUACACACCGGUUUAAGAGUAUCAUAACUGGCGGUGACAGGUUCAAGGUCUUUGGAGAUUGAGCCUGGUGCACGGAAAGCCAUGGCCUCCAAACAGACGGCACCGAUUAUGAAUCAAGGACAAGGGGAAACUAGCUAUGCUAACAACUCUAGUAUUCAGAACGCUGAGCAGAACAAGAUGAAAUCCCUGAUUGAAGGGGUUGUCGUUGAAUUAUGCAGCAACGCCGGCACCUUGCAGCCCAGGAAGAUAGUGAUCGCGGACUUGGGCUGCUCCACUGGUCCAAAUGCGCUUGCAUUGGUAUCGAUUGCUGUCAAUGCGAUCCACGAUCACUGUCUUCAGUUCCAGCAACCAUCACCAGAAGUGUCUGUGCUCCUCAACGAUCUUCCUGAGAACGACUUCAACACGGUGGUGAAGAGCCUAGUCACUCUACGUCAAAGCAACGAUCCUGUUGUUGUUACCGGUAUCACACCAGGGUCGUUUUACGAGCGGCUCUUCACUAGUGAAUCUGUGCAUCUUGUUUGCUCGUCCAAUAGCUUACAUUGGCUCUCAAAGGCUCCAGAAGAUCUAAAGAGGAAUCUCAUCCCAGCAUAUGACAUUGAUGAGCAUUCUAGGCGUGAAAAACUUCCUAUAGUGCUUGAGGCUUAUGCAAAACAAUACAGGAAAGAUUUCACACUUUUUUUGGAGCUGAGAGCCAAAGAGUUGGCCUCAGGAGGCCGAAUGAUUAUUUCUCUGCUAGGGAGGCGGUCUGAUAUAAUCACCACCAAAUUCCCUUUCCUUCCAGAAAUUGUAGCUCAGAUUCUAUGUGUCAUGGUCUCAGAGGGUGUGAUCGACAAAGAAAAGUUUGAUUCUUUUUAUGGGCUAAUGCAUGAACCUUCGCUCGAAGAGCUGAGAGAGAUCAUCCAAGAGGAGCGUUCCUUUUCAAUCAGGGAGAUGCGGGAGCAUGACCCUAGAACCGAUAUAAACAAGACUCUCAGCACCCCAGGCAUAUUCGUGGGAUUUCUGAGAUCUUUGUUUGAGCCGGUAAUAGUCCAACAUUUUGGAUAUGUCAUGGAUGAAUUCGUGAGGACCGUGGAGCGGCGGUAUAUCCUAGAGGGAAGCUUGCAAGAGGAGCGUGCCAAGUGCCCUUAUGCUAUGCUGGUCAUAUCCUCGCAAAGGCAUGAUUAUCAGGUACCUAAAGGUACAUCACAUUUGAUGAUAGUAAAACUGAUGCUUUCUUUGAGGUCAAAUGUGUGUCCAUUUGAUUAUGUAAACUACACAUUGUGAUGUUAGCUCUGUAUCUCUCAACAUGGCAUGACAUGUUUGUAAAAUUGAAUAUCAAAUUCAAUCAUAUUUGCUGGAGAUGAAAAAACUAAAUACCUGCUGAAAUAAUAUUUCCAUUAU